GAUAGCCAGCUAGCUGUCGGCUUAUUUACUUCGUCUCUCUUUUGACUAUAUAUCUGCCACCUCCCUGCAAGACAGGUUUCCUUCUACAACAGCCAGGAUCGCUAUCCCUUCGACUCUCAUCUUAGCUCGGCCUCGUCUACCAGGAGAUCUUCAGAUCUAUAGGACCCAGGCACCUACACUUCUAUCGUUACGCACCUGAUAUCAACAUAACUGUCACUCCCGAAUACAGUUUUUUUCAAAAUGCGAUUCCAGCAAAGCUUACUUGCCUGCGUGGCCCCGGCUCUCGUCUCGGCCAUCACUCCGCCGAGCAUCCAGGGUAUGAGCAUCGUCUUCUCCGAGGACUUCGAGGGCUCCGCAGGUGCCUCGCCUAAGAGUAAUGUGUGGAACAUCAUGGAUGCCAUCGACACCAAUAACGAAGUCCAGACGUACACGACCUCGAACCAGAAUGUCCAGAUCAGUGGUGGCGGCACCGUUCAGUUCGUCCCGCGAAAAUCCCCCUCUGGCCUAUGGACCUCAGGUCGUAUUGAGUCUAAAGGGUCCUGGACUCCCGCACCUGGAAAGGUCACCAAGAUCCAGGCAAACAUUCUAUUAGGCGAUAACCUCGCAAUAAACAAACAAGGACUUUGGCCUGCCUUUUGGGCUCUCGGUGACGCCAUGCGCCACGGUACCGAAUGGCCUCGCGCCGGAGAAAUAGAUAUUAUGGAACAGGUCAAUGGACUCCUCACCGGUUACGGUACCCUCCACUGUGGCACCUCCGUAGGCGGCCCUUGCAACGAGCCCGUUGGGCGUGCUAAGACCACCGCUAUGCCCGCCAGUGGCUUCCAUGUCUGGGGCGUCACAAUCGACCGCACCAAUGACGACUGGACAAAGCAGACCAUCUCAUGGACGUUGGAUGGCAACACCUUCUCUACCGUUACUGGAGCUGAUAUAAAUGAUGCUCCUACCUGGUCCGCACUGGCUCACAGCCCUCUGUACGUGAUCCUCAAUGUUGCCGUUGGCGGUGACUGGCCGGGCGUUCCCAAUCUGCUCACGCUAGACGGCUACGGCAGCAUGAUGGAAGUACAAUGGGUUGCUAUCUACUCGUCUUAGACGAGGUUCCUAGUAACGUGAUAUGAUACACCAAAAAUAGAAUUGGGUGUAUAUAUGGGGAAUGGAAUUUGGCGUUUACCAGAGACUGGGUUCGGAAUUUUGGAUGAGCCUCGAGAUACCUAUUUAUGUUACGUGAUUUUUGCUACAUCUCUACCCUAAGAAGUAAGGCGCAACUUUUUAACGCCUCAUCUGUUUUGGA